GCCAAAAAACACAAAGAAAAGGAAGUUUUGCAGCUCAAACAACAGAAAAUAAAAAGAAGCUUUUUGAUAUUUUAAUUAGACAAAAUGAGCAACUCACAACCUUACAGUCGCUUUAGUGAUGAAAAUUACAAAAACUGGUUAAAAAUAACCGAGAGUCUUCACAUACUGCGAGACAGUAUGCAGGACUUUAUUGAAAAGGAAACUGAAACUUAUCACAAGGCUCUUCAAAACAAACUGCAGCUCAGUGGACAACAUUGUGAACAAACCUGCAAAAAUAAUAAGCCUCUCUGCCAAUUGUGUGAAUAUUGGAAGAAUGAAAUUGUGACCAAUCACAAUGAGGGUGGUAAAAAUGUGCACUGGGAGAAUUGCCGGCCACAUCUAUGGGCUACAAAUAAAUGGGAAGUUGCAAAGGCAUAUAUGCCACGUGGGCACAAACAGCAUUGUGAGUUUGCCCAGUUUGAUAUUUCUGCCAUUCUGAACUUUUUGAGUGUCUGUAAACAUUUCAAGCCAUUUUUGAGUAAGGGGGAAAAUGUGAAAAAGGUAAUAAAUGUACGGAACGUUGUGAUGCACUCCCCUGACCUCAAAAUGAACAGUGAGGAUAUGAACAGACACCUUGAAACAAUUUUCCAGUUUGCCGAUAUGCUUAAAUCCAAAGUGUCAGCACUCUCAGAUUUGAGAGAGAAGAUAAAACAGUUCAACAACAUUUUGGACAAGAAUUUCAAUCAAACAGAAGUAGAUGGUCAACAUAAAGAUCUCAAGACUGUGGGAGACUUCCAGGAAGUUCUGAACCGUGAGCAACAAGCCUUGAAAGACAGGAUUGAUUACUUGAUCACACACUUUAAAGGGAACUUUGAUAAAAAUGAAAAUCCACAGGACAUGACAACUCUCAUGGAGUUUCUGCACCAAAACAAAGAUCUUCUGGAGAAUCUAGGCCCUGAAGUCGAUAAACUUAAAGGGAUGCAAACAAAGUUAAAUCAGCAUGAGAAACAGAUCAACAACUUGACAAACAGAGUGGGCCAAUUAGAAAAGGUGAAAGAGACCACAAAGACAGCUGGACAAUCAAGCAGUCAAAUAACAAAUUAUUCUAAGUUUAUCAAAGACAACACAAGUUGGUUGGUUAAAACUGUGAAGAACAUUGAUCAAAUUCUUGAUGAUCUCUCUGACUUGCACUGUGAAUCAAUUGCAAAUGUCAGAGCAAAGCCAACAAAACAAGCGAUGAUGAGGGAACUGCUUCUCUACAUGAAUUGUGAAAGUAUUGCUAAAGACUUUUUUAACGCUUUGUUAAAGCAUGAAAAACGUCCUAUGGAGGAACUGCUCAAAGGCUUAUAGGAGCCCAUAAUCAUGUCCUUUGGGAAGACACAUCACCGAUCAGCCUCCCAUAUAAUUGAAUAAGAUUUCAAUUGGCAAAGACACAUGAAGCAAAAACCUGUGCACAGCAACGGAACGCACUAGUUUGACUUUUUUGUUACAGGGAUGCAUUCAUUACUGUUAUGGAAAGUGCGAAUUUUGCCUGCAUGAAAGAUAUCUCAUAUAAAGAUUUAAUAUAUGGCAACGUAACCAAAUCACAUAUGAUAUACAAGUUCAUGUUUGAAUUUCACAGAUAUAAAAUGUCAUAUAAGCACAUGCUUUGUGCAACAUGUAUUGCAAAUCAGCAAUUUAUAUAUGUAUUUUUUUCCAACCAUUACACAUGUACAUACAGUAUGUUAAAAUAUAUUAGCUAUGAAGACAGCAGAGAUAACUGGAAUGAAGUUGAACAGAUCUUUGAUGUUAAUGUGGCAGGAUUACAGCAUCUUACAGUAUAAGCGCAGGGUAUAUUUUUAUUGACUUUAAGAAUUGGAUUUCGAUGUAACCAAACAUCUCGGUGCAUAAAGUGCAAAUCUUGUUAUAUCAGAUUGUGGAAUAGUUUGUACUUUUUCAUGUUUUUUAUAUAUACUUGUUCUCAGUUUUAAAUAAA